UACAUUUCCAUAGAUCUGCUAUGACGCUAACCAUGACAGCGUUACCAUGACAACAUGACAGUGUUACCGGGUUACAGCGUUAGUUGAUGUCUACAAAGUCACGUGGUUACAUAGCUGAUCACGUGACCUCUAAACCACGUGACUUAGCGCGCCCACGUGGGCAGAUUAGUCACGUGAGAAAGAGAAGGAGGUCUGAGCAGGACUCGGCGGAGUGGAGGAAGGAGAAAGCUGCUCACAUCAGCGCUCUCUUGAAAAGAGGUCAGGAUAUCUCGCGAGAAGAAAUAAGAUCUCUAGCCAUGACAGAGGGUGGUCUCCUUAGCAACGAGUACAGAAAAGUGUUGUGGCUACAAUACUUGGGGGUAGAUGAGAAGACAUGUGUAACAGAGUGUGACAUUACCGAGUUCAGAGAUUACACGCAAGUGUGUCUGGAUGUGCACAGGUGCAACUCCAGGAUAAAGACCGGUACACUAUCCCAACAAAUACUUGCCAUUAAGAACAGACUCAGGAAUGUGAUUAUCAAAUCCUUGGCUGAGGCUCCUAAUCAACAUUAUUACCAGGGCUAUCACGACGUGAGUCUGACGAUGUUGUAUGUGCUGGGUGAGCGACGCGCAGCAGCUCUAAUGUCGUGCUUGUGUCGCGCGCACCUCGCCUCCCACAUCAGGGAGAACCUUGACGAGACCUCUCAGCAGAUGAAGCUUAUUGUUCCACUUGUUAGCCAGAAAAGUGUGGAGUUAGCAGACUUUAUCCUGCAGUCUGAAGCUGGAACUAUGUUUAGUUUAUCCUGGAUCAUAACUUGGUUUGCUUAUGUGGUAAAUUCGGAGGACACUAUUUACAGGUUGUACGACGUAUUUAUAACAUCCCCACCCCUCAUGCCGGUCUACUUGUCUGCUGCUAUAGUACUUUAUAGAAAACAUCGGAUUUUGGAAGUAGAAUGUGAGCUAAGUUCGGUGCACCAGGUCCUACACAACCUGCCUCAACAUCUUCCAUUCGACCUUCUGAUAAAGAACGCCGUGGAAUUGUUGGACGAAUUCCCUCCAGAAAUAAUAAAGACACUGCCGAUAAAACAACACCAAAUAAUGCUCCAGGUACCCAGGUUUGGUUAUCUGGACUGGAGCAGGAACUGGGGAGGGAAGCUGUUGGAGUACGCUAACACUCCCGCCGGGAUUGCCAUUUCCUCCAGUUUUCUUGUGGGUUUUGCUGCCUUCGCUUUAUCUGUCUAUUCGGGACGUUUUCAAAUGUGACGCGCUUUGACCCUAACAAAAUGUUUAUCUGUAUGAAUCAAUCAUUUUUAAGGUAGAUAAGUUCUUUUCAAAAAUUUGAAUUAUUUUAAAAGUGAGAAGUGACAGAAACUGUCUUGUACUCGAUUUUCACGGGGAAAAAGCUAAACUUUCUUAAAAACUACCUUAUUUCUAUCAGUUUAUUGUAUGUAACGUUGACAAGAUUUAUUCAAACCUGAUACUGAUUUUUCAGAAUUACAGCCUAUUAUAUUAUCAGGUAAUUUAUCAGCUAAUUUUUAUAAUCCUCUAAUUUUGAUGUGGGUUUUGUGAUGGUACAGUAUAAUUUUUUCAAUUCAUUUGAAGUUUUUGUUUUCUGCUAAGGUUUCACCUGUUGUACUUUCAGAUUUGAUCCUA